AUGGCAGCACCACAAGGAGGUUAUCCUCCCCAAGAAGGGUACGGUCAACCGGUCGGUUACGAGUCUCCCACUCAACAACCCGCGGGGGUAGUUCCCGCCCCUGCCCAAGGACAAGCUGGAGGAAAAAAGAAGCGAGCAUACGCUGGAGAGGCCUUCGAGUUUGGUUCGGGUGCCAAUGCGGCUCUAGGAGGUCAACUGCCCGCCGGUGGUAGCUAUGGAGCCUAUCCACCUCAGCCCCAAGUUGCGGGAUAUCAGCAACCGACGGCAUACGGAGCCGAUCCGACCCAGAUGCAUGCUGCUGCUGCUGCUCCAGCUCCAGCUCCAGGAUAUGCCGGGCCGGUCGCUCAUAUGACCCAGCAAUUUGGCGCAAUGGGUAUGGCCGAUCCGCACCUCAUGCCGAAUCAGCCUCCCCAGCCGGCUCCCCAGAUCCCACGGCCUAUCCUCAACCAACUCUAUACGACGGAUCUUCUCACGCAGCCAUUUAAUGUUGCGGAACUUGACUUAGCCCCUCCUCCCAUUAUUUUGCCACCGGGGACUAGCGUGUAUCCCUCCCCUACUGCCAAUUGCCCUCCGAAAUAUGUCCGGUCAACGCUGAAUGCCGUGCCGACGACUCACUCUCUUCUGAAGAAGUCGAAACUGCCAUUCGCUCUGGUCAUCCAGCCAUAUGCGGCCCUCCACGAUUCCGAAGACCCUAUCCCAGUCAUCCCAGACCAAGUGAUCUCGCGUUGUCGACGCUGCCGAUCCUACAUCAAUCCCUUCGUGACGUUUCUUGAUCAUGGACACCGCUGGCGUUGCAACAUGUGUAAUUUGACGAAUGACGUGCCUCAAGCCUUUGAUUGGGACACCACCCUCCAAAAGCCCGCGGAUAGAUCGCUGAGGCCCGAUCUAAACCACUCAGUGGUCGAGUUUGUUGCCCCCCAAGAAUACAUGGUCCGGCCUCCGCAACCUCUUGUCUAUCUCUUCCUGAUCGAUGUGAGCUACGCUUCGGUCACCAACGGCCUCUUGGCCACGAGUGCUCGGUGUAUCAAGGAAAGCCUGGAUCGAAUCCCCAAUGCGGACCGCCGGACGCGUUUGGGUUUCGUCGCAGUUGACUCGAGUCUACAUUACUUCAGCAUUCCCCGCGAUGGCUCGGAAAAUUCGGAUCCUAGGAUGCUCGUUGUCAGCGACCUCGACGAACCUUUCCUCCCCAUCCCUGGAGAUCUUCUCGUAACGUUGAGCGAAUGCCGCGAAAACAUCGAGACAUUCCUUGAUAAACUGCAGGAGAUGUUCCAGAGCACUCAGAAUAAUGGCUGUGCAAUGGGAUCUGCUUUGCGUGCUGGUUACAAGUUGAUCGCACCUGUUGGCGGAAAGAUGACCGUACUCAGCUCGUCGCUCCCGAAUAUUGGACAUGGUUCUUUGACCAUGAGAGAGGACAAGAAGGUUUUGGGAACGAGCAAGGAGAGCAGCUUACUGCAGACGGCAAACAGCUUCUACAAGAGCUUUGCUGUGGAGUGUUCAAAGGCACAGGUUUCUGUGGACAUGUUCUUGUUCUCUUCUCAGUAUCAGGACGUGGCAUCCCUCAGCAACCUGCCAAGGUAUACGGGAGGCCAGACGUACUUCUAUCCCGGCUGGAACGCUGCUCGUGGAGAAGACGCAAUCAAGUUUGCUCGGGAGUUCUCUGAUUACCUUUCGUCAGAGAUUGGGUUGGAGGCUGUGCUCCGUGUCCGUGCUACGACCGGUCUGCGCAUGAACACAUUCUAUGGAAACUUCUUCAAUCGCAGCUCUGACCUAUGCGCCUUCCCGGCUUUUCCCCGCGACCAAGCGUAUGUUGUGGAGGUCGCCAUCGAUGAGACGGUCACGAAGCCGGUCGUGUGCAUGCAGACGGCUGUCCUUCAUACUACAUGCAACGGCGAGAGGAGAAUCCGGGUGUUGACCUUAGCCCUCCCUACUACUCAGAGCCUGCCCGAUGUUUACGCAUCGGCAGAUCAGCAAGCGAUCGCCACUUACUUUAGCCAUAAGGCUGUGGAACGGACACUUGGAAGUGGUCUGGAACCCGCCCGUGAGGCGUUGCAGGCCAAGAUCAUUGAGCUUCUCUCGACCUACCGAAAGGAGCUUGCCGGUGGAAGCGUCAGUGGUGGUGGCCUUCAAUUCCCAUCGAACUUGAGAGGGCUUCCAGUUCUUUUCCUGGCCAUGAUCAAAAACCUUGGCCUCCGGAAAUCCGCACAGAUCCCGACCGACAUGCGGUCUGCCGCCCUUUGCUUGUUGUCGACGCUUCCCCUACCCCUUCUCAUGCAAUAUAUCUACCCGAAGAUGUACUCCCUCCAUGACAUGCCGGACAACGCAGGGUUGCCCGAUGAGCAGACGGGCGAAAUUGUUCUUCCCCCAUCGGUGAACUUGUCCUCUGAGCGCGUUGUCCCCUAUGGACUUUACCUCAUCGACGAUGGCCAGACGCAAUUCCUCUGGGUUGGCCGUGAUGCGGUCCCACAGCUCAUCAUAGAUGUUUUCGGCCUUACCGACAAAUCGCAACUUCGCGUGGGCAAGCAGAAUUUGCCCGAACUGGACAAUGAUUUCAAUCAACGAGUACGGGCAGUGGUUGAGAAGAGCCGGGACCACCGGUCGAAGGGCGUUGGCAGCAUUGUGGUACCACAUCUGUACGUCGUGAAGGAGGAUGGAGAACCUGGUCUCCGGCUGUGGGCACAAACCAUGCUUGUGGAAGACCGGGCCGACCAAAGUGUCAGCUUGGUGCAGUGGAUGGGGUCUUUGCGCGAAAAGGUUUGA